AUGUCUGCGACAAAGGGAGAUGUGCGGACGAGCAGCAGAGAGGUCGGUAAAGGUUACGCCGUGGACUAUCCGCCCAGCGUGUGGGGUGACUAUUUCAUCAAGAACCCCACGCUGCCACAUACUCAUGAGAUGUCCGUGGAAUGGAUGAUAGAAAGACGUGACAAACUUGUCAUCGAAGCAAGGGAGAUGUUACUCGCUACAUGCAGUCCGUUUGCUGAAAUGAAGAUGAUUGAUGCACUUCAGCGUCUUGGGGUUUCUUACCAUCUUGAAGAGGAGAUCAACAUGAAACUGCAAAAACUUUUGUUUCGAGAAUUCGACACAGACUGUUUCCAUGAAAUCUCACUUCAGUUCAGGUUGUUAAGGCAAGGACGUUGCUACAUGUCUUGCGAUGUAUUCAAAAGCUUCGUGAACAGCCAAGGAUGUUUGAAAGCCUCUAUUCAAAGUGAUCCACAAGCUCUGCUUGCACCCUAUGAGGCAACUUUUCUCCGCACUCCAAACGAAAGUUUUCUCCAUGAGGCCCAAGAGCAGACAACAAGUCUUUUGAGAUCAAUUGUUGACCAUCUAGAAAAACCACUUGGGGAUGAAGUCAGACAUGUUCUUAAGACACCAUCUUUUCGUAGGAUGAAAAGGCUGGAGGCUAGGCUAUAUAUCCCUCUUUACCAAGAAAAUAAGGAGUGUAGUGGAAUGCUACUUGAACUUGCGAAACUGGAUUUCUAUUUGCUCCAACGCAUUCAUCGACAAGAAGUCAAGGAAAUAUGCGAGUGGUAUUAUGGACUGGAUUCCCCCAAAAAAUUAUUCUACGCAAGGCACAGGCAAGUGGAAACAUACAUGUGGGUGCUUGGAAUAUGCUAUGAACCACAAUAUGCGAAAACUAGAAUAUUGUUUACAAAAUAUACAUCAACUAUGACACCAUGUGAUGACACUUUUGACAACUAUGGUGUGUGGGAAGAGCUACAACCUUUCGUCGAUGUGGUGCAAAGGUGGAACAUGGAGGACCUUGGGCAACUGAAAGAAUGCUACCAGGACUUUGCCCGUUUUAUCUUCGGUACCAUGAUUGAAAUUGAGAAUGCACUUCCAAUAGAGACAGCAAGCAGGGAUAUUAAAUUAUUAAGAGAUUUGACAAAUGAAGCAUGCAAAUCUUAUCUCACUGAAGCUGCUUGGAAAGAUAGCCAGUACAUUCCUACCUUAGAGGAGCAUUUGAAGGUCACGGGCGUUUCAACCUGUUACAAGGCUAUGAUUGGCCUUGCUUUUGUUACAAUUGAAGAGAAUCUUCCAGAGGAGAUUCUACUGUGGAUGUCGAAGUAUCCUCAAAUUAUCAAGGACACAUGUUGUAUAUGUCGCCUCAUGGAUGAUAUUGUUUGCCCGAGUGAAGUAGAAGAGCAUAAUGUCGCCACUACAGUUGCCUGCUACAUGAAAGAGUAUGGGGCAACGAAAGAGGUCGCAACUGAAGCUCUUUGUAAGAUUGUGGAUGAUGCGUGGAUAGAUAUGAACAAGGAGUAUCUCACAUUGACAUUGAUACCAUCAUCGCUACUAAUGAUAGUAAUUAACCAUGCCCGGGUGAUGGAGACCAUGUACAAGAAGGAAGAUGGAUACAAGAACACAUCAAUUCUGAAAGAAGAAAUAUCUAUGCUGCUUGAGAAGCCAAUUCCUUUCUAG